AUGGGCAAUAGUAACAUCCUCGAGGAGAUCGCGGCCCAACGCCGUCUGGACGUGGCGACUGCCAAGCGGUCCGUGCCUGCUGAGCAGCUCGCACAGGAGAUCAGGAGGACGGAAGACGCGUACGGACCAGCGCUGUGCGUGCUCGACCGUCUCUACACGCCUGCGAAAAAAGGCUGGCUAGACGUCGCACUAGCGGCAGAGUUCAAGCGCGCGAGCCCCAGCAAGGGCGACAUCGCCACAGAGCUGGAUCUUUGCGAGCAAGUCAAUGCGUACGCGGAUGCAGGCGCUAGUAUGGUCUCGAUGCUGACGGAGCCCAAGUGGUUCAAGGGCUCGUUGGAAGACAUGAUGGCGGCCAGAAAAGUCGUAGAGGGCAUGGAGCAACGCCCAGCUAUCUUGCGCAAAGACUUUAUCGUCGACGUGUAUCAGCUGUUUGAAGCUCGUGCUUACGGCGCCGACUGCGUGCUGCUCAUUGUGGCUCUGCUGGCCCAAGAGCAGCUCGAUGAGCUGAUUGACGCGACCCACAAGCUUGGCAUGUGCGCGUUGGUCGAGGUAAACAGCGUCCAGGAGUUGGAAACCGCUCUAGCUGCAAAAGCCCAGUUGAUUGGCGUGAAUAACCGCGACCUCCGCACGUUUAAAGUGGACAUGGACACGACUGCUCGAGUUGCAGCUGCUAUCCGCGAACGAGGUCUUGUGCUCGGACGGGACGGCGUCACGCUCUGUGCACUCAGUGGAAUCCACUCGCACGCUGAUGUGGUCAAGUACGAACAGUGCGGAGCCCGUUGCGUCUUGGUUGGCGAGUACCUGAUGAAGAGCGGCGACAUUGCAACAACCGUGAGAAACCUUAUGCAGAAUGAGUCGCACCACACCAGAUUGUGCGACCUGUCCUUGCUCCCGCCGCUCGCGAAGGUGUGUGGCGUGACGAAAGUGGAGUAUGCGCUGGCUGCCUUGCGCAACGGCGCUAACAUGAUUGGCAUUAUCCUGGUGGAACACUCGCCUCGGUUUGUUCAACGAGAAGAAGCCAAGGCCAUUGCUACAGCCGUGCGUGAGUACGGUGAGCGCUCAGGCCCUAUCCUCCCGGACAUCUUAGCAACACACCUCGACGGCGACCGUGACUGGUUCGAUCGGAAUGUCUUGGCCUUGCGGGAGGCUUGCUCGCGCGCACCUCUGGUCGUAGGUGUGUUUGCGAACAAGACUGCCGCUGAAAUGAACGCGGCUGCGGAGGACAUUGGACUGGAUCUCGUGCAGCUACAUGGUGACGAAGGCUUCGAGAUUUGCAAGAGCAUCAAGCAGCCGACCAUCCGGGCGUUGCACCUGCCGGACACUGCGCUGAGCGAUGGCGUCGAUGCGGAGGUCAUUCUCCAGCAGGUCCAAAAGCCUGGCCUUGCCAACUACCUUCUGCUCGACACGACGGUAAAGGGUCAGCAAGGCGGCACGGGCGUGGCGUUCGAUUGGAAGAUCGCAGCCAUCUUCACUGGCGCGCGAAUUCCGUGCUUGAUGGCGGGCGGGCUCACCCCUCAGAACGUCGUGAAGGCUCUGUCGGUUGGUCACCCUGUGGCAGUGGACGUCAGCAGCGGCGUCGAGGUCAAGGGGUCUCCAGGCGUCAAGGACGUGGACAAGAUGGCUGCGUUCCUAAAGGCCGUCAAGCACUACCUCGCGGUUGCUGCGCUCAAGAUUGACGAGGAUAAGGAGGCGUAG